CCAAGUCCAGGAGCUGACGGCCAGAUGCUUCCCCGGGAGAGCGGACCCCGACGCAGGUAGAGGACCCGUGGCAGACGUCUCCCUGACUGCUGUCCAAAGGCAGAUCAUGUGGAUCCUGGCGAGCUGGCUGGCCUUAGUGGCAGGGCUGGUGGCUGGAACACAGUGUCCAGAUGGUCAAUUCUGCCCUGUCGCCUGCUGCCCGGACCCGGGAGGAGCCAACUACAGCUGCUGCAACUCAAUUCUGGAGAUGUUGCUUAAGAUACCGAGCCGUCGCCUGAGCAGCUCCUGCCAGAACCACGGCCACUGUGCUCCGGACUACUCUUGUGUCCUCACCAUGUCUGGGACUUCCCGUUGCUGUGCCUUCCCUAACGGUGUAUCUUGCAGUGACAGCCACCACUGCUGCCCCCAAGGCUUCCUCUGUAGUGCGGAUGGGAAAUCCUGCUCCCGAAGAUCAGAUAACCUCGUGGGUGCUGUCCUUUGCCCCGGUAGCCAAUUCGAAUGCCCGGACUCCUCUACCUGCUGCAUUAUGGUUGAUGGCUCCUGGGGCUGCUGUCCCAUGCCGCAGGCCUCUUGCUGUAGUGACAGGGUGCAUUGCUGUCCCCACGGGGCCUCCUGUGACCUGGUUCACACACGAUGCAUUUCACCCACGGGCACCCAUCCCCUGUUAGUGAAGUUCCCCGCACGGAGGACCAACAGGGCAGUGGCUUUGUCGUUGUCCGUGGUGUGCCCAGAUGCACAGACCCAGUGCCCUGAUGAUUCUACCUGCUGUGAGCUGCCCUCGGGGAAGUACGGUUGCUGUCCGAUGCCCAAUGCCAUCUGCUGCGCCGACCACCUGCACUGCUGCCCAGAGGACACUGUAUGUGACCUGAUUCAGAGUAAGUGCCUGUCCAAGGGCAACAGCACGGACCUCCUGACCAAGCUGCCCGGAUACCCAGUGCCUCCGAUGACUUCUGCCUACCUCACAGUGAGGGAGGUGAAGUGUGAUGCGGAGGUGAGCUGCCCAGACGGAUACACCUGCUGCCGCCUCAGCACCGGGGCCUGGGGUUGCUGUCCAUUUGCCGAGGCUGUGUGUUGUAAGGAUCAUAUCCACUGCUGCCCGGCAGGGUUUCUCUGUCACACAGAGACAGGGACCUGCGAAAUGGGAGUCCUCCGGGUACCCUGGAUGAAGAAGGUCACGCCCCCCCUCAGCCUGCCGGACCCUCGAGUUCUGAAGAGUGACGUCCCCUGUGAUGACUUCACUAGCUGCCCUCCUGACAAUACGUGCUGCAGGCGCAGCUCUGGGGGCUGGGGCUGUUGUCCUAUCCCAGAGGCUGUCUGCUGCUCAGACCACCAACACUGCUGCCCCCAGGGUUUCACCUGUACCCCUGAGGGGUACUGUCAGAAGGGGGACACCAUGGUGGCUGGCCUGGAGAGGCUGCCCGCCCGCCAGGCAUCCCCGUUCCAAAUUAGAGAUAUCGGUUGUGACCAGCACACCAGCUGCCCAGUAGGACAGACGUGCUGCCCAAGCCUGAGGGGAGGCUGGGCCUGCUGCCAGUUGCCCCACGCCGUGUGCUGUGAGGAUCGCCAGCAUUGCUGCCCAGCUGGAUACACCUGCAAUGUGAAGGCGAGGACCUGCGAGAAGGACGUGCACCCCGGCCAGGCUUCCACACACCUGACCUCCGGCCCCAAGGCCGGGGAUGUGCAGUGCGGGGCAGGGCACUUCUGUCACGACAACCAGACCUGCUGCAGAGAUCGCCAAGGAGGCUGGGCCUGCUGUCCCUACCUCAAGGGCAUCUGCUGUGCAGAUGGGCGUCACUGCUGCCCCCUUGGCUUCCACUGUUCAGCCAAGGGAACCAAGUGUCUUCGGAAGAAGGCCCCUCGCUGGGACAUGUUUUUGAGGGACCCAGCGCCAAGACCGCAGCUGUAAGGAAGGGCUACAGACUGAAGAACUCCACAGCCCUAGGGACCCUCCUGUUCAGAGGGUUAUCCACCACUCAGGCCACCCUAGCACUUCUCUCCUUAGAGUUCCCCUGACCUACAACUUGCGAGUCGCCCCGCCACCGUAGGAGGUGGGGCCUCAAAUGAAAGACCUUCUUUUGUGCGAAGAAGGCUGUGGCAAAAGGCCCCGUUUCAAACUGCCGUUUCUUCCGAUUUCUGUGGACCUUGUGGCCAGGUGCUCUUCCCGACCCACAGGUAUCAUGUGAGCUUGCUUGUGUGUGUGUGUGUGUGCGCGCGUGCGCGAGUGUUUGUGUGUGCUCCAAUAAAGUUUGUACACUUUCCGA